CUCUGGUCAGAUUCACUAUUCUAUUAAUGAAGAACUAAGAAAAGAUUCUGUUGUGGUAAAUUUAGCAAAGGAUCUUCAAUUAAAUGUUAAGGAUCUCUACAAAAGGAAAUUCCGUAUUGUGUCUAAAAUCUCCUGAGAAAUAUCUCAAUAUAAAUAUGGAUAAUGGAAAUUUAUACAUUGCUGAUAGGAUAGACAGGGAGAAAUUGUGUGGAGCUUCAGUUGAUUGUGUCCUUACAUUUGAUUCUGUGGUAGAAAACCCCUUAAACAUUUUUAGUGUUAAGAUUGAUAUCAAGGAUAUAAAUGACAAUCCUCCUAAAUUUCAUCAUGACACAUUGACAUUAGAAAUCAGUGAAUCAACCUCCCCAGGAGCAAAAUUUGUAUUACAAAAUGCAGAAGAUUUGGAUAUAGGUAUUAAUUCUCUGAUAAGCUACAAACUCAGUACAAAUCAGUAUUUUGCUCUUAGAGAGAAGGUCAGCACUGAUGGCAGUGUAUUUCCAGAGCUCAUACUAGAGAAACCUCUAGAUCGAGAGACACAAGACAGGCAUGAACUCAUUCUAACAGCUUCUGAUGGUGGAAAUCCUGUACAGACAGGCACUGCUUAAUUAAUAUCAUUAUUAUUGACUCUAAUGAUAAUUAUCCAAUAUUUACACAGGAUGUAUAUAAAAUAAGUGUUAGGGAAAAUAUACCAGUGAAUUCAACA